ACUCCCAUUCAAAUUCGAAUGGUUCAAGUUCAACCAUCAUAUCUAGGUCCACCGCUUCACAAACAUACAUUGCCCCACAGCUUCGCAUGAACACGAGUCCAUUUGCUUCAUCGGAACUAUUUAUUUAAUACAAACACCCACAAUAAAAACUUGACCAACACAUCAAAUAGAAAAGCGAAGGGCCUUUAACCAGCUCAUUGAGAGACUAUGGAGAGCUCAUUAAUAUUUUUACUGGCAGUUACUUUCUUCAGUCCUGGUCAAACAGGUGUUUUGACUUGUGAACCACGGCAGUAUCAGUGUGGCAAUGGAAAGUGUAUCACAUCGAGAUGGGUGUGUGAUGAAACUGAUGACUGUGGUGACGGCACUGAUGAACUUCCUGCUGCCUGCUUGGCCAAGACCUGCAGACCCAGUGAAUUCAGCUGUGGUGGGCGACUAAACCAGUGUGUGCCAAAGAGCUGGAAGUGUGAUGGCAAAGCGGACUGUGAAAACAGCGCGGAUGAAGAAGGCUGUGAUCCUCGCCGGUGUCUGGAUGGCGAGUUCCGCUGUGGCAGCGGCCAGUGUGUGAGUACCGCAUUUGUGUGUGAUGAAGAGAGCGACUGUGAUGACGGCAGUGAUGAAGUCUCCUGUCCACCCACCACGUGUAGCUCCAACUCCUUCAGGUGCAACAAUGCACAGUGUGUGCCUCGACUGUGGGUCUGUGAUGGAGAUGCAGACUGCGCUGAUGGCUCAGACGAAUUGCCUCAGAAAUGCAGUACAGGGACGCCUAAACCUACCAAAAACCCCUGCUCCUCUAUGGAAUUCCAUUGCAGCAGUGGGGAAUGCAUACACAGUAGCUGGAAAUGCGAUGGGGGAGAAGAUUGUUUGGAUCACUCCGAUGAGAAAAACUGCUCCUUGCCCACAUGCCGACCGGAUGAGUUCCAAUGUGGUGACAGAUCUUGCAUCCAUGGCAGCCGGCAAUGCAACCACGUAUAUGACUGCAAAGAUUUGAGUGAUGAGCUGGGCUGUGUUAAUGCAACCCAUUGUGAGCCACCACACAGGUUUAAGUGCCGCAGUGGUGAAUGCAUCAGCAUGGAAAACGUUUGCAACAAGCAACGGGACUGUAGAGAUUGGUCCGAUGAGCCAUUACGAGAAUGUGAUUCUAACGAGUGUCUUUACAACAACGGGGGUUGCUCUCAUAUCUGUAAUGACCUAAAGAUUGGUUACGAGUGCCUCUGUCCCACUGGCUUCUGGUUGGUGGACAAGCGACGUUGUGAAGACAUUGAUGAGUGCGCCAACCCAGACACCUGCAGCCAAAUCUGCGUCAACCUGAUGGGUAGUUACAAGUGUGAGUGCGAGGAUGGCUACCAGAUGGACCCAGCCAGCAAGGCUUGCAAAGCUAUCGGAACCAUCGCCUACCUAUUUUUCACCAAUCGCCAUGAGGUCAGGAAGAUGACUCUGGAUCGCAGCGAGUAUACACGUGUUAUUCCCCGCCUGAAGAAUGUUGUGGCACUGGAUAUGAAUGUUGCUUCCAGGGAGAUCUACUGGUCGGAUUUAUCCCUCAAAAAGAUAUACAGAGCACCAAUGGAUACAGCAGAUAAUUCCUCCCAACACAGUGUUGUGAUUGGCAGUGACUUAGAUGCACCUGAAGGUAUCGCUGUCGACUGGAUCCAUGGGAACAUCUACUGGACAGACAGCAUUAAAGGUGCCAUCUCUGUGGCAACAGCGGACGGAAGCAGACGCAAGACUCUUUUCAAAGAAAACCUGGCCAAGCCACGUGCUAUUGUUGUCGACCCUAUUAAGAACUUCAUGUUCUGGACUGAUUGGGGCACACCAGCUAAGAUCGAGAGAGGUGGUCUUAAUGGAGGGGACCGCUAUGCUCUAGUUACAGAUAACAUUGUCUGGCCCAAUGGAAUAACCCUUGACCUUUUGAACCAGCGUCUGUACUGGGUCGACUCCAAACUACACACUCUCUCCAGCAUCAGCAUGCAGGGAGAUGGUCGGCGUACUCUGAUCUUUGACCAGGGCAAACUUGCCCAUCCUCUGGGUCUCACUGUUUUUGAGGAGAAAGUGUUUUGGACAGAUGUGAGCAAUAACGCAAUUCUAAGUGCAAAUCGUGUGACUGGAAGAGACAUCACGAAUGUGGCCGAACAUCUUUCGUCCCCAGAGGACAUUGUCUUGUACCACAACCUCAAGCAACCGACUGGAAUCAACUGGUGCAGGGUCAACAACGGGGGCUGUGAAUUCUUGUGCCUGGCUGCCCCUCAAAUCAAUAGACUCUCACCCAAAUACACUUGUGCCUGCCCAGACAACAUGAUGUUGGCCAGAGACAUGCGAAAAUGUGUUCAAGCUGUAGUCACACCAGAACCUUCUGUCAAGCCCGAAAUAGUUACAACUAGUCAUCCUAAAGUACCUUCAAAGACAACACCAAAUCCCACUCCUGCGAUCUCUAAACGACCCACUCAGCCUGCUCCAAUCAAGCCAUCCCAAACCACAACUAAACUUCCUUUAUCCACCCAGACCGAUGACCACUACAGUAAUGUCAAAGCUGUGUCUCAAUCAUUGUCUUCCACACUGUUGGCCUUGUACAUUUUGCUUCCUUUUGCAAUCCUGUGUUUGGUUGUGGGUGGUGCUGUGCUGUUCUGGAGAAAGUGGCGUCAGAAAAAUACCAACAGCAUACACUUUGACAACCCAGUUUAUCAAAAGACCACAGAGGACCAGGUGCAUCUAUGCAGAAACAGUAGUUCUGAUGGCUAUUUUUACCCGCAGAGACAGGUUGUGAGUAUUGAUGAUGAAAUAUGAUGAUGACAUUGAAGUCCAUGCCAAAACUGAUGUUUCAAAAUAAGAGCCAUAUUUGAUGUCUUUCUUACUUGGAGGUCAGUUCUGCAGUAAAACAACAUUUGAGGAACAGUGGAGAUACAAACUGCCUUUUCACACAAGACAUCUGAUGCAAAAAAACGAUCCAGAGCAGACGCAAGGAAAAAAAACAAAAAAAAACAAAGAAACCUCAGACAACAACAACCUCAGCUAUCAAGGCUGCUUAGCAUUUCACAUUAUCAAUUAUGCAAAAAAUAUAGAUCUAUUUUAUUAGCACUUAAAAUAAAAAAAAAUUAAGGGUUUAUUCUUAUGAGAUGUCUAUAAGUUAUUGUAAAUAUUGUAUGUAUUUUUUUUUUUUUGAAGGGAUAAAAAAACACUGCAUGCUAUUUUUCCAAAACAUUACUGUAAUUUAAUUCAUAACUAAGAUGCAGUACAUAUACAUUUAGGCAAAAAUGGGCCAUUUACUGUCAUGAGCUGUGCAAAGUUGGUUUUUCUAACGUUUUAUGCCAUUGUUUACAACAUUUGCAGUUAUCAAGUUCAUAUUUUUGUGCCAAAAUGGUCAACGUUACUUCUGAAACUGGAAGUUCAUGAUAAAAAGACUUCGUCCAACAGCAGCUCGAUAUCUAGCUGCUUUGUGUAUAUAUAAUCCUGAUGUUGAAUUUACUUUUCUUUCGCUAUUUUAAAGCAUACUUAUUAUAUGAGCCAAUGAUUCCAGUGAUUUUUCUAUGAUUUUUUUUUAUCCCAAACACGUGUUUUAUUACAAACAUGUUGUAAUCAAGGUGAUGUGUCAAUUGUUUUACAUUCUGAAUGUGUAAAUAAUGUAUGUAAAUAUGUUUAUUAUUGCAUAUACAUUGCAUUUUUAUUUUUAAGUAUGCAGUAUUGUAUAUAAAGAAAUGUUUUAUUUAUUUUUACGAAUCUAGAUCUUUGGGUGAUAAUUGGCUUCCUUUGCUGUGUACUAUGUCAGCUGUUUAUUUGUAAAGAAUUUAUUUCUGUACAUUCUGAUUGAUUAAUUAAUCUAGUGAUGCAUUUUCGGAAAAUCCAAUCAUGAUUGCUCUUGGCCUGUGUGUAAACCUAACUUGAAAUAAACAAUUUGAAGAUUUCACUUGA